AUGAAGGCUCCGCAGACACUCAAAGAAGUGCAAAGCCUUAACGGCAAACUAGCAGCUCUUCACCGUUUUUUAUCCAAAUCUGCAGACAGAUCACUACCAUUCUUUAAGACCUUAAAAGGAUGUCUGGAAAAGCAACACUUCAAAUGGACGGAGGAAGCUCAAAGAGCUUUCGCGGAGCUAAAAAGUUAUUUAUGUAAGUUACCAACAAUGACGGCCCCAACACCUGGAGAAACUCUCCAAAUGUAUCUAGCAGCUUCCAGCGAAACCAUAAGCGCAGUUUUAAUAGCUAACAGAAGAGGGGUCCAGCAACCAAUAUAUUAUGUUAGCAGAGUUUUACAACCUCCGGAAACAAGAUACCCACAAAUCGAGAAGUUAACUCUCGCCUUGGUUCACGCGGCCAGGAGACUCCGCCGGUAUUUUCAAGCGCACCCUAUUCAAGUCCUAACAGACAAACCAAUUAAACAGAUUUUAACCAAGCCGGAGGUCUCGGGAAGGCUAGCAAAAUGGGCAGUGGAGUUGGGAGAGCAUGAGAUAGAAUUCAAACCAAGAAUGUCAAUCAAAGGACAAGUUUUAGCUGAUUUUCUUGCGGAGGUUCCAAUCACAUAUACGACAAACAAGCGGAAAGCGGAGAGCGUGAUAAAAAAAGAUGAAAUGGAAGAGUCGGAUCAUAAGGAGACGUGGAAACUCUUCACAGACGGAGCCUCCAGCGCUGAUGGCUCCGGAGCAGGCUUAAUCCUAACAAACCCAGAUGGUCAGGAAUUCACUUACGCCCUUCGGUUUGAAUUCAAAGCAUCCAACAAUGCCGCAGAAUACGAAGCCCUGUUAGCAGGCUUACGAAUAGCCAAGCAAAUGAAGGUAGAGCAUAUCCAUGCUUGUGUGGAUUCUCAAAUAGUAGCCUUCCAAGUAGAUGGAACGUAUGAAGCCAAAGAGCCAAUAAUGAAGAAAUAUUUGGAAAAGGUAAGACAAAUAAGGCAGAGUUUCAAGAGCUUUAGGAUACAAAACGUUAGCCGGGGCCGAAAUAAAAUUGCGGACGCUCUGAGCAAACUGGCCUCCACUUCCUUCGCCCAUUUAACCAAGGAGGUCCUUGUGGAGAAAUUGAAAAAAAGUUCUAUCGAAGAAGAAAUCGUCAUAGCACCUGUAGAAGAAGAAGGACAAACCUGGAUGACUCCAAUUGUUGAGUACUUGACAAGUGGUCUACUACUAGCAAACAAAGAAGAAGCAUGGAAAAUCCGGAUCAAGGCUCCACAAUACACCCUUCGAGAUGAAGGCCUGUAUAGAAAGUCAUAUUUGGGCCCAUUGCUAAAAUGUGUCGGCCCUAAUCAAGCAAAGGCAGUUAUUAAAGAAAUACAUCAAGGGUGCUGCGGAGCCCAUGCCGGACCAAGAAUGGUAGUGGCCAAAAUCACCAAAGUGGGAUACUACUGGCCUUCCAUGCAUAAUGACACUUUGAAAGCGAUCCAAACUUGCGAGUCGUGCCAGAUUCAUGCCACGGUUCCGAAGGCUCCAAAAAGUGAACUAAUCCCAGUAACAGCAGCAUGGCCUUUUCCAAAUGGGGUGUCGACAUUGUUGGACCAUUUCCGGAGGCUCCUGGCAAAAUUAAAUUUCUAG